AUGACGAAUGAGUUUGAGAUGUCGGAUAUGGGGUUAUUACAUUAUUUUAUUGGCCUUGAAGUUCACCAAACCGAUGAUGGAAUAUUUCUUUCACAAAGGAAAUAUGGCAAAGACCUUCUCAAUAAAUUCUGCAUGCUUAAUUGCAAGCCUACGAAUACACCAAUGAAUAUAAAUGAAACAUUGCAUCAGGUGAAUGAAGAAGAAGAGAUGACAGAUGCAAGGAGGUUCAGAAGCUUGGUUGGAGGUCUAAUAUAUUUGACGCACACUAGGCCCGAUAUUGCAUUCUCUAUUGGUGUUGUUUCCAGAUUGUACGGGUACACAGAUAGAGAUUAUGGAAGUUCAUUGGAUCAUAGACGAAGUGUUUCAGCAAAUGUUUCACUCUAG